AUGAUUCUCCCCAGCCCUGACGAUAUUAUCGAGGAAGCGAACAUGAAGCUUAGGCCUACACACUCUAACCGCUCUCCGGAGCUGGACUACGAUGCCCCGCCAGCAUAUAGCCCCACCGAUGCCUCUACUACUUUCAACAAUCACUCGACGAUACCGUCACAGCUUCCUGCGCGGAGCACAAGCUACUCCGCGCCGCUGCCGACUCAUCCGUACGCAUUCUCCGAUAUCGCACACCAUGCUCGUGCUAGCUCCAGCCUUAGCCUGGCACACACAAGGGCUCAGUCGUACAGCACUCCACACUUCUCCGACAUACGCACCAGUUUCCAUGCAGGCCCUAGUACGUUAUUUUACAACCCGGCUUCACCCUAUGCUCCUUCGCGCACCCCUGCGCUCUCGUCCUCCAGUAAGCCAUCUAGCCGAAACGACCCGGAGCAACACCCGGAGGUGCUCAGCAAUCGCGCCAAGCUAGCGCCUGGGGAGAGCAUUUCCCUUCUCCUUGAUCCGCCACCUCCAUCGUUCAAUCGCUCUCCGGCACCUGAUGCGUCGUACCCGCCAUUUGAGGCCACGGCUUUGAUGGGAAUUAGCAACGAUCUGACGACAUGCUUUCCCCUGAUCGCGCCCCCUUCAACGACAAUUCCUCAUCCAUUCUUUACACACGACGUCAACGAGCAGGAUUGGGUGCGGUUUCUGAACGAUAUCAGGGCUGCUGGUCUGCUUGCGCCCUCGAAAAGCAUCGUCGCGAAUGUUGCACCCAUUGCGAGGCAUCUGCCGCCUCUAAUGGGCAUGUUGGCUACAAAGGGUAUCGAGCUGCAUCUGAAGGGCAAGAGGAAGGGACCGAUUGGCGAUUUGAUUAGCUAUUGGAAUCAUCAUUUCUUCAAUCCUCGUCAUCUUGAUGUCGUGCUUGCCCAGGGAGUCAUUAGCUACUCAGGCUGUGACAGUAUGCCUCCCGAUACGACUGAAAAAGCUCUAAAGAGCCGUGCAAGCGACGACACUAACUAUGAUUACCAGCACAACCGGUUCCGUGAUAGCAGAGGCCGGAAUAGAAUUCGUCCUAAACUGCGCAAAUCAGACAUACUCAAUUCUACCGACGAGAAUUGGAGGCUCGUCGUUGCCUUCAAACUCUGA